AUGUACGUUACCUACAGUACCCGACAGUACUCUGAUCAUGACCAAUGGUAUUCAGAAACUCAGUAUGGUUUAUUUCGAUUUGCCCGCCCGCCUCAACGAUUUUCUACUCUGCCAAAACCACAAUUUAUGCCAAGCAAACUUCUUCGUGUGACCGACAUGCGUAUAGUUCAAGGCUCUACCGUGAACGAGGGGUAUUGUGCGCUAUCAUAUUCUUGGAAUUGGUCUGGCGAUAUCAUCAUGGACGAAGCAAAUGGUAAAACAAAACGGGUUGAUCAUAAAAAGCAUAAGAUCAUUUUUUCAGCCAAACGAGUGCCACGAAAACCAAGAGGUCGGAAACGCAGUCCGCGUCGAGUGAAGUUUGUUGAAUUCGAAGGCAUCAUACAACAAAUAUGCAAAGACUUUGAUGUCAAAUACAUAUGGUACGAUCAAUGGUGCAUCAAUCAGAAAGAAAAAGAGGAAAAGCUGCGAGAGAUACGUCAGAUGCACAAAAUCUAUCGCAAUGCAUACUGCACUGUAGCACUGGUCCCGGAAUUCUGCUCCCGCCGCUAUCUCCAAACAAGGGCUCUGAGCCACCAACAACCGAAUUAUCCCAAAAUAUAUACCUCUCAAUGGAUGAGACGUGUCUGGACUCUAGAAGAAGCACUACUAUCACCAAAGAUACUUUUUGUCGGCCGCGAUAUACAUUCUUGGGGACAUCUGGUCAAGAGAGUAGCAAACUUGCACACUCUUUGUCAGAAGCUUCCAAACUUGGACGUCAGUACUGUUUUAUAUUAUGCGCACAUACGGACAACGACAAAGGAGCACGACCGAGUAUUCGCACUUGCCAACCUUUUUCCUGAUUUAAUGAAGAGUAUCUCGAUCAGCUACGAUGAGCCCGUAAACGACUUAUUGCUUCAAUUCUACCGACUUUUGGCGCAAAAAGAUAUAUCUAUCCUGUGUUUUGGACGACACAAAGAUUACAGACGCAUCGGCCGACCUAAAGAAGAGUUAGCGCAAGCUUCGGAUGUGUCCCUUAUCCUUAAAGAAUAUUUGUCGGGAUACAAGCAUCGCUACCGCUAUCCAUACAGUGUCCCAAUCCAGGUCCAUGACAAGAUCUUGCCAUCUUGGACUGGCGUACAAGGGGAGCAUAUACUACCUCUCCGCCUCGAAUAUAGCGAUUAUCCGAAAACGACAUUUAAAAACUACAUCGUUACUGAAAAACUUAUGCAAGUGACUUGUGCAAGUAUUUCGGUAAACGAAGACAUCCGAAGCAGGAUGUUUUUUCCACUCAAACAGGAAGAUUUUCCACCUGUGCCUCAGGGCCCCAGUGCUGAUGUCAACGGAGUGCUUGUUCGCUGGAUCCUUUGUCUUUCGGUUCAUUUACCUGGCCAAGAGAGUAGUAAAGUACUAUCUCUUCCAUUGUCACUCAACAGCCAGGAUUCUACUUACGAUCUAUCGAAAUUUAACCAAAAGCUCCAUGAAACACUUUGGUUAAUGGCGCAAUUUUUCCCGGUCAAAAAGGAGAACUUAUUCUGGUGGGACGCUGCUUGGCCACAGGACUCCGUUGCACGUUUUGAACACUUUUCUCUAACUGAGGGUGUCAUAAUUGGCUGCAAUUUGGUGAUACUUACGGGUGUGCGCUUCAAAGACAACUGGCCUGACUGGAAACGCUGUCCGGUUAUUAUAAAGGAUCAAGGUGCUAAACAUUACAGAGCUAUUGGAACAUGCAGAAUUGGAAACAUAGAGUACUUUCUCUCUGGUGUUAACUUGCCGGAAAAAACCUUUAUUAUUAAAUGA